UAUUGAUUACACGUAAUGGUGUUUCUUUUUCCAGAAAAGGCAUAUCGUGUGUGUGGACCGAACGGUUUGUGGGACAAUAGGAAUGGACAGUUUUCAAAAGAGGGUUACACAUACUACGCGGACUGCUACACAGAGGAAGCCAACAAAGUCUACCAAAAGUUCAUGUCAAACAAGACUCGUGCAGAACAGGAGUUCAUCAGGAACACCGUCGCCAAUGCGCGCAUGUUCGAGUCGGUGGGUCUGUGUAUUUCUCUCAUCACAACCAUCACUUCAUUGGUCAUCUUCUGUUACUUCAGGAGUCUCAAGUGUCACCGAACACGCAUCCACAAGAACCUGUUCGUUGCCAUAAUUGUCCAAAUUUCCAUGAAGAUCAUUCUCAUUGUGGACCAAACUGUUGCCAGGGAAAACGGUCUGAAGAACGUUGGUGCAUCAAGCGGCGACAGCAAUACCAUUUACGAUACGCGCAUCUUUUGUGAGAUUCUCUACAGCCUGGUUGAAUACACAAAGACAGUCAAGUUCAUGUGGAUGUUCAUAGAGGGACUGUACUUGCACAAUAUGAUAGCUGUGUCCGUAUUCUCUGGCAAGCCCAACUAUAAGGUGUUUUAUAGUAUUGGAUGGGGUGUCCCAGUUUUAUUGACGAUCGCCUGGGUGAUACCAAUGGCCGAGACGACAGAUUCAAAGUGUUGGUAUGCUUACUAUUACAAGCCCCUCAUCUGGAUAAUCGAAGGGCCCAGGACGGCUGUCAUGGUGGUAAAUCUAUUCUUUUUGUUGAACAUCAUCCGGGUGUUGGUCAUGAAGCUGAGGGAGUCACAGACGAACGAAGCCAAUAAAGUCAAGUAAGUGAAUAUCGCCUUUCUGUGCGCAACCCAUUAUCAUUUGUUUUAUAGCAAAAGAUCGUGUCAGUAUCAUGUUAGUACUUUAACGCCCAUAAAAUGACACUUUGCAAUGUAUGCUUCCCAGGAAGUUGAGAUUGUUUCAGAAUGUUAUCGAACCUGCUGGGUUAAAAAUACCCUAGAUUAGAGUUGUUACAAGAGGGUAACAAACACAGAAAAGAAAGAGGAGAGAUAAGGGCGAUAGGUGUUCGAUACGAAAGACGAACAAAACCCCACAAGAGCACCCACCAACCACGCACAUUUGUGAUGUAAACUGAAAAGAAGGUUGGUUAAUUAGAUAUUUUAGACUCGGGGCGAGUGUAAAAAUAAUUUAGAAUGGAAAUCGAACAUGGGUUGAACAAAAAAAGAAUACUUUUUAGUAGGCUAUGUCUAUCACUAUCAGUU